AUGCAAUUCAAAAACUUAUUGUUAUCAGUCACUGCUCUUGCUUCAAUCGUUGCUGCUGCUCCAAUUGCUGCUGCUGAAGGAUCAGACAGUGCUAACUCACCAGUUGGUUUUGUCGCUACUUCUGGUAGCGAUCCAACAUUCUAUUUGCAAUUCAAAGAAGGUACAAUCUCGGGUCCUGCAAAAGUUGAUGUUGAAGGUGAAGUCUAUUCAACUGUCAAUAAUAAAUUGACUAUCAAGAAUUUUUCAGCUAGUAAAGUUUCAGGUGAUGAAAUUUCAAAGACUCAUAGCACUACUGCAUUUUCAGGUAAAUGGCACGUUGACAAUAAUGAUGAUACUUUUUCAUUCUUAGUUUCAACUGCAAACAGUGGCUCCAGUACUUCAGGUUCAAAAACUGUUUUCAAAGGCUCUUAUACUUUGGAUUCAGAUGGUGAACAACACAACUUUACCGUUCCUGUUAAUGCCAACUAA